AUGGGUUCUGAUGAACCUAGGGGAAAGUCAAAGGUACCUGAAGGUAGCUCAGAAGGGGAAGAUAAUGAGGCGGAGGCCGUGGCGCUGUUGACAAUGAAGGCGGCGGCAGUGGCGCUUGUUGAUAGUAUUGACGCACUUGGAGACGCCGACGAUUCCGGCGACGAGUGCUACGGGAGUCUACCCCCAGAGCCUCGUUUCGGGAACGUCGAGUACAAACUGCAGCUGGUCUCGCCGUGCGAGCGACGCUUCCAGCACCUGGUGACGCAACUGAAGUGGCGGCUGCGCUCGGGCGGUGGCGCGGCGGUGUACGUGGUAGGCGUGCGCGACUGCGGCGCGCUGCGUGGGCUGCGGGCGGGCGCGCUGCGGGCGUCGCUGCGCGCGCUGCGGGACAAGGCGCGCGCGCUCGGCGCCGCACUCGUGGGCGCGCGGGCCCGCCGCGUGGCAUCCGCGCGCGCCGUCGCCGAGGUGUACAUCCGCAAGCUGGCGGACACGCAGCAGAGCGUCGAGCUGCGGGUCGCGGUGAUGGGGGCGAACGAGGCGGGCAAGUCGACGCUCAUAGGCGUUCUCACUCAAGGUGAACUCGAUAACGGUAGAGGGUGCGCUCGCCUGAACAUGUUCAGGCAUUUGCACGAAGUGAAAAGUGGUAGGACGUUCUCGCUCAGCCACGAGAUACUCGGCUUCGAUGCUCAGGGUAAUGUCGUCAACUACGGUUGUUCCGAGCUGAUGACAGCGGAGCGCAUCGGAGAGAGGAGCGCCAAGCUGGUGUCUUUCCUGGACCUGGCGGGCCACAGCAAGUACCAACGCACCACGCUCCACGGGCUCACGGGUUACUCCCCGCACUACGCCAUGCUCGUUAUUUCGGCAACAGCCGGUAUAACUCGCAUCACAGAAGAACACAUCGGUAUUCUGCUGGCUUUGGACAUGCCGUUCUUCGCAGUGAUCAACAAGUAUGAACUGGUUAGCAACAUCAACGCUGUUGUAGCGAGGCUGGCUCAAUUGUUGGAACCCGCUAAUAAGAAACCGCUGUUAAUAACUGAGGAGAAUAUGGCAAGGAACUGCGUUGCGCCGCAAAAGUCGAUACUGGACACCAUAGACAAUCUAGACGAGGAAAUCAAAAAGGAUGAGGAGGUGGCCGUGUUCCCGGUGAGCUCAACGCGCUGCACGCGUGCCUGCUGGCGUUGGCGCCGCGCCAAGAAUAUCCUCCAGGACAUCGCCAACGUGAAGAACAGCCUCACGAAGACAUCGGACACGAAGUGCACGAACGUGUACGUGUCGGACGACGGGAGCAAGUACAGCGACGCGCACGUGUCGAGCGACACGCAGGACAAGUGCGUGUGUGACGACCUGGUGUUCCUCGAAGACCCAAACGACCCUAGAGGCUGUAUAUACUUUCAGGCAUCUGUGCAUGUCCUGAGACACUCCACGGCCAUCUACCCAGGGUUCCAGUGCUCUGUGCAUGUCGGGAACGUGCGUCAGACGGCCAUUAUCGAGGGUAUAAUGUCUCCAAACAACGUGCUGAGGGCGGGCGAGGGGGCCUCCGUGCUGUUCAGGUUCGCCCGCUGUCCGGAGUACCUCGUGCGGGGCCGCCGGCUGCUAUUCACGGCGGGGCUGGAGACCAGAGCCAUCGGCCGGGUCACGCAAACCUUCCCGUACAUACCAUGAAUUCUAUAGAACACGGCUCCAAUGUAAAAUUCG